GCAAGAUCGCAGCGAGAGAGCGAAAGGCCAAGCCAUGUCGACAGACGCGGACGAAGAGCGCUACGAGGGCGAGGACGCCAAGAUGGGCCUCAACAUGGCGGUGCCCACCGGCCGGAACAACGUGGUCGUCAAGGUCGGCAUGGUCGGCGACGCGCAGGUCGGCAAAACGUCGCUCAUGGUCAAGUACGUCGAGGGCAAGUUUGACGAAGACUACAUCCACACGCUCGGCGUCAACUUCAUGGAGAAGACUAUCACGCUCCGCAACACGGAAAUCACGUUUAGCAUCUGGGACCUCGGCGGCCACCGCGAGUUCAUUAGCAUGCUGCCCCUUGUCUGCAACGACGCGGUCGCCGUCCUCUUCAUGUUUGACCUCUCGCGCAAGGCGACGCUCACGAGCGUGAAAGAGUGGUACCGCCAAGUGCGCGCCAUCAACAAGAAUGCAUUCCCGUUCCUCGUUGGCACCAAGUACGACCACAUGACGAGCUUCUCACCCGAAGAGCAAGACGACAUCACCAAACAAGCGCGCAAGUUUGCAAAGGCCAUGAAGGCGCCGCUGAUCUUCACCUCGGCGUCGCACUCGGUGAACGUGCAGAAGGUGUUCAAGAUCGUGCUCAGCAAGGUCUUUGACCUCAAAUGCACCAUCCCGCUCAUUCAGAACGUCGGCGACCCCAUCUUGGAGUACUAGCCAUUUAACAUCCGAAUCUACUAAUGCUAGCGACAGCGAGGUUGUGUUUGGCGAAAGCGUCGAAGGUUGAAAGAUUGAAAGAUUGAAAAUGAAAAAUAUACACGACCGACUUAACCGCGG